AUGGUAUCCAUCGACCUUGAAAAGGCAUACGACAAACUUCCAAGGGAGGUUCUUUGGAGAUGCCUAGAGGCUGGAUGGGUCUCUACGGCAUACACUCGGGCGAUCAAAGAGAUGUAUGAUGGAUCCAAGACCAGGAUAAAGACAGUGGGAAGAGACUCGGAGCACUUCCCAGUAGUGGGAUUGCACCAGCGAUCAACUCUUAGCCCAUUUCUAGUUGCCUUGGUGAUGGAUGGACUGACUCGACAAAUCCAAGUUGAGGUGCCAUGGUAUAUGUUAUUCGCGGAUGAUAUAGUUCUGAUUGACGAAACUCGCAGCGGAGUUAACGCUAAGCUGGAGGUUUGGAGACAGACUCCAGAGUCUAAUGGGUUCAGGUUGAGUAGGACCAAGAAAGAAUACUUGAAGUGCAAGUUCAGUAACGUAUCGCAUGACGCUGGCAUCAAAGUGAGGCUUGAGACUCAGGUCAUCCAAAGGAAAGGAAGUUUCAAGUAUCUUGGGUCUAUCAUCCAAGGAAAUGGUGAGAUUGACGAGGAUGUCACACACCGUAUUGGUGCAGGCUGGAUAAAAUGGAGGCUCACAUUUGGAGUCUUGUGUGAUAAAAAGGUGCCACCAAAACUUAAAAGGCAAGUUUUACAGAGUGGCGGUUAG